AUGAAUACAGCACUUCUGGACUUGGUUCUUCAAUACAUCAAUAGCUUUUCUGAUGAAAAGAUCUGCGUCCACAGACUCCUGACAGUGGUGAAGUUUUUUUCCUACACCACAGGCACGAGUCUCCUCAGCAUGAUAAGCACUGACCACUGACUGUCUAUCUUGUGCCCCAUCUGCCUGACCCUGCUGAAGUCACAAGUCAAGUCCAGUGUGUCUCCCAGAAGACCAGCCAACCUGGCUCUUCUCCUGUCAUGUGUGAAUAGCAAUGCCAACCCUAUUAUUUACUUCUUUGUUGGCUCCUUUAGGUGGGAACACCAGCAAUCUCUUAAGUUGGUUCUCCAGAGGAUCCUGGGGGAAGAGACAAAGAUAGAGAAAAACAGAAGUGGCCUUCCUCUGGAAACCAAGUGGAUAUAG